AUGGCAGUCCAACUUUUACAGGAAGCAACUCCAGGCCAUCCGCAUUACGUUCAGGUGUCCGCUAUUCGGGAUCUACUGGCUAGGGAGUGGGAGGUGCAUAUCGGCCACAUUUUCCGCGAGGGCAACGUCGUUGCUGAUUACCUUGCCUCUGUUGGUCAUGCUUUACCGGCAGGGGUCCAUGUUUUUGAAAACCCGAGUUCCAUGUUGAGCCACUGGUUGUAUUUUGACACUUUGGGGAUUCAAACCUCGUUUGGUUAA